AUGUCUGAAGGGCUGCCAAUGCAAGCAGUGACAAUGUAUCCGCAACAAGUUUGGCUAAAACUGGACGACGAUGCAGGUUCAAUGGCAGAAAUAAGAUCGGAAGCUCGCCGGUUAUCCUGGAAAUCCGGUUUGAACCCCUUUGCAAAGCGAGUCAAUUCUUUUCAAAGAAGACAAGCCGAAGGGACGAGAGAGUUGGAUCUCGAGGCCGGGUCGAGGGACCAACGACCGAGCAACGAUCAUGAUCAAGAUUUCGACAGGUCUCAAUCGACCGCGGUGGGUUCAGAGCGUGGAGAAUCUCUGGACCACAAAAGCGAAAACCCCGACUUGCAGUACGUAGCAUCGGGCGCCAUGACCGACGGUGCGGCAGCAUCAAACAAUGGAUCUCUGGAUGAUUCGCAAACCCGGAGUCGGAAGUUGCGGUUUAAUCGCAGAAAGGGGACCAAUGGGCAAAUCUCCCGGUCGACAACCUCGUCGUCGAGGAAGAGCAAGACACACAAGUUUACCGUGUGGAGUCAGCUAAACGCGACCAUUUUCAACUCGUACAUUAACAUUCUCAUUCUGGCCGCUCCGGUUGGAAUUGCGCUCAACUUUACAAACGUCAACAAGAUUGCCGUUUUUGUGGUCAAUUUCAUUGCCAUUAUUCCACUCGCAGCAAUGCUGAGUUUCGCGACCGAGGAAAUUUCUCUUCGAGUGGGAGAGACUCUUGGUGGACUUCUUAAUGCAACUUUUGGAAAUGCCGUUGAGCUCAUUGUUUCAAUCAUUGCAUUGGUUCAAAAGCAAGUCAUAAUUGUCCAGACAUCCUUGAUUGGAAGUAUGCUUUCGAAUCUUCUUUUGGUGAUGGGCAUGUGCUUCUUCUUUGGUGGUAUCAAUCGAGAGGAACAAUUCUUCAACCAGACUGUCGCUUCUACUGCGACCAGUCUUUUGGCCCUCAGCGUUGGUAGUUUGAUUAUCCCAACUGCGUUUCACGCCUGGUCUGGCGCUGGCGAACUUGGCAUUGCACCAAUCUCCCGUGGCACAGCUGUCAUUCUACUUGUUGUCUAUGGCUGCUUCCUUUUCUUCCAACUCAAGUCUCACACCAGAAUGUUCAGCGAGACUGGACAAAAGGCGACCAAGCGCAACAAGGAUGUUGAAAGCGGCGUCACCAGAAUGUCUGUUGCACAAGCAGGCGGAAUGCUCUCUGCACCGGCUGGUGGACAGGCGGCUCAGACGGCCGAGAAACAAGAAGACGAAGAAGAGGAGCAGGAAGAGCCUCGGCUCGCAGUCUGGGUUGCGGUCUUGACCCUUGCAGUAUCGACCGCUCUGGUUGCUGUGUGCGCCGAGUUCAUGGUCGACAGCAUCGAUGCCCUCACCGACACUGGCCACAUCUCCAAGACGUUUGUCGGCCUGAUUCUGCUUCCCAUUGUUGGCAACGCCGCCGAGCACGCUACUGCCGUCACAGUCGCAUGCAAAGAUAAAAUGGACCUUGCCAUUGGCGUUGCUGUCGGCAGCAGUAUCCAGAUUGCGCUGCUCGUCUUGCCAUUUAUUGUCGUCCUGGGGUGGAUCCUCCACAAUGACCAGAUGACAUUCUACUUUGAUCCUUUUCAAAUUAUCGUCCUGUUCGUUUCCAUCCUGCUCGUCAGCUAUGUCAUUGGCGACGGCAAGUCGCACUGGAUGGAAGGCGUCCUGCUGCAGUCAACAUACCUCGUCAUUGCCCUGGCAGCGUGGUAUUACCCUAGCGUCCACGUAACAUAG